AUGUGCAUGGGAUUAAAGUCAGUCAUUAAGCUAUUAUUCUUAACUCGUUUCUUGCUAACUGUUUGUUCACAGUGGGCCUUGGUCGUCAUUGCGCUGCUUUCGUCCCUCUUUUUGUAUGCGCUUGAUAAUACCGUGGUUGCCAAUGUUCAGCCAAAAGUCGUCGAGACAUUUGGCCAUGUGAGCUUGGUUCCCUGGCUGGGUGUCUCCUUUGCUCUAGCCUCAGCUGCGACAACCUUAAUUUGGUCCAAGGCCUAUGGCACCUUUUCUGCAAAGAAACUCUACAUUGGAAGCACAGUCGUCUUCAUGGGCGCGUCGGCCCUCUGUGGUGGCGCCCCGGAUAUCAACAGCUUCAUCGUUGGCCGCGCUAUCGCGGGUGCCGGGGGCUGUGGAAUGUACAUGGGUCUAUUGACCUUGAUGUCGGUAACAACGGACAACAUUGAACGGCCAAAAUAUCUUAGUCUGACUGGAUUUAUUUGGGGCAUCGGCACAGUGCUAGGUCCUGUCGUUGGUGGAGCUCUCGGUGACAGCAAGGCGACCUGGCGCUGGGCAUUUUACCUCAACCUACUGGUCGGCGCGGUCGUUGCUCCCGUCUACUUCCUUCUCCUGCCCGACUUCAACCCCCAGAAGGAUGUCCCCAUGCGCAAGCGAUUCGGUCAAAUUGACUACAUCGGAGCACUGCUAUCCAUUGGCACCCUUCUUUGCGCUAUCAUGGCUUUGAACUUCGGUGGUGUUUUGUGGACCUGGGAUAGCUCAAACAGCAUUGGCCUCUUUGUAGGCGCCGGUGUCCUGUUGAUUCUGUUUUUGGUGCAGCAAGCCUUCAACCUUGGAACCAACUUUGAGCACCGCAUGUUCCCCAUGCACUUCUGGAGAAGUCGUACUUUGAUUGUUCUCUUCUUCACUAUGAUGUUGGCAACAUUUGGCAGCUUCAUUGGUAUCUACUACCUGCCCAUCUAUUACCAGUUCGCCCGCGGUAGCACCGCCGUUGAAACAUCUGUCCAUCUUCUACCUUUCAUCUUGCUUUUGGUCGCUUUCAAUCUCAUCAACGGCCAGUUUAUGGGCAAGACUGGCUACUACUAUCCCUGGUACAUUUUUGGAGCUGCUUUGGAGCUAAUUGGGGGUGUUCUCUUAUACACCGUUGAUGAACACACAUCCGACGCCAAGAUUUAUGGGUACACCAUCAUCCUGGGAACCGGAGUGGGUUGUUUCUGUCAGGCUGGGUUCGCAAUUGCGCAGAUGAAAGUCAAGCCUGAGGAGAUCCCCUUCUGUGUGGGAUUCAUGACCGUUGGACAGAUGUUGGGUAUCGUAUUUGGCACUGGUAUUUCUGGUGCUCUGUUCGUCAACUUCGCUCAACAGGCCCUGCAGAAGGUGUUCCCCUCUGCCACUGAGGAUGAAAUCUCAAAUGCAAUCUCAGGAGUAGGCAGCCAGCUACUGCGCUCUGCAAGCUCUGAAGAAUACGCCGCAGCAAUUCACGGCAUCACUGGGGCUAUUCAACUUGCCUACGUGCCUAUCAUCGCUGCGGGUGCCAUUUGCUUAGUCUGCAGCUUGCUCAUGAAGCACGAGAAGGUCUUUGUUACUGGCAGCUUUGCCGGUUGA